AUGAUUUGUUCCGAAGCUUACUGGUAUAUUUGGACUGACGGAGUUACCGCCAGUAUGGCUGCGAGCCACCCCAUCCAUAUUCACCCGGCGCGGCCGCUUUAUCGCUUCACAGCAACUGCUCUAGGUGCGAGCAUGUGGUUCUUCCUCAUGUAUCGAGCUAAGAAGGAUGGUCCAGCCCUUCUAGGUUGGAAGCAUCCGUGGGACCAUUGA